AUGCCUAAGGGAAAGUGGAUAGAUAAGAAGAACGCCCAGCACUUUACGCUGGUGCAUCGCCCGCAAAAUGAUCCCCUCAUCUACGACGAGAACGCGCCGUCUAUGGUGCUGAACCCGACGGAAGGUAGCAAAAAUGCCAGCAAAGGAAAGAACCUCGGCGACUUAGCCUCCGAACUUGGCGCAGACGCCGAACACAUCCGGGCCAACGAAGGCGAGGCUGCCAACUAUGGCGUCUACUUUGACGACUCCGAGUACGAUUAUAUGCAACAUCUGCGGGACCUGAACACAGGUGGUGGUGAUGUCGUCUUUGUCGAGGCCAAGGCGACAGGGAAUACCGGCAAGGGCAAGCAGAAGCAGUCAUUGGAGGACGCGCUGAAACAAAUGGAUUUGGAGCACAAGGCCGGAGACGUGCUGGACCCAGAUAUGCUUCCCUCAAGAGAUCUCUCACGCAUGUCGUAUGAGCAACAGCAGGAUGUACCAGAUGCCAUCGCCGGAUUCCAACCAGACAUGGACCCCAGACUGCGAGAAGUCCUCGAGGCUCUGGAGGAUGAUGCUUUCGUUGAUAACGAAGAUGACGACAUUUUCGGUCAGCUGGCCAAGGAUGGCUACGAGAUUGACGACUAUGAGUUUGAGGAAAAUCAAUUCAACGACGAUGACGACGGCUGGGAGUCUGAUGAUACGGCGAAGCCAAACAAGGAAUACAAAGACGAUCAGGUACCACAACUGGUAGCGGUCGGAGAACAACCUGAAGAGGGCCCGUCGCAAGAUUGGCUCGAGGACUUCAAAAAGUUCAAAAAGGAACAAAAGUCGGGUGGUUCCCCCAAAGCCGCCGGCGCACCCUCUCAGUCGGAGCUCCAGUCCACCUGGACCACCACCACAAACGGCGGGCGCAAGAAGAAGAGAAAAGGCGCGCUUACCGUCGCGUCCGGCUUCUCUAUGACAUCCUCGUCGUUGGUACGCACAGAGCAGCUAUCCUUUCUCGAUGCACGGUUCGACAAGAUUGAAGAGAAGUACAACGAAGAGUUUGACGACAUGGGCUCCGUAUCGGCCAUCUCGACAGCGUCGAGCGUCACGGGCCCGGUCCGGGGCGACUUUGACAGUAUUAUGGACGAAUUUCUGGGCAGCUAUGGCGGCAAACCGGGCAAGAGAACACACAAAAAAUCCAAGGCGCAGACCGGCCUGGAGCAGUUGGAUGAGAUCCGAAGAGAGCUUGGCCCUGCACGAAUAAAGGGAAGACAGUAA